ACAAACGGCAAUGAAAGUAAAUCCGCAUUUAGUGAUAUAUAAGCGGACAAAGACAUAAGUUUAAUCAUAUUGACAAUCCGCCUGUUAAAGUAGUAUGGUUACGGUAAAUGAAAUGGAGGGAUCUCGAACGAGUGGACGCGGUCUUCCCUUCGCGUCCGUUCUCUACAGCGAGCCCGGGGCCCUGGGGCUCAUGGCCAACAUCAUGGCCGCUCUAAUAGUAGCUAUCGGUAACAUGGUGGAAGGAGAGCAUACGAAACUCACUCUCAUUAUAGCAGGAGUCCAUUUAAUUCUGGUAGGAGGUUUUCUGCAACUGGUGGCCGGGCUGUUGUCCUUCAGACGAAACGACCACCUAACUGGGACAGCUUUUGUUGUGUUCGCCUCCCUUUGGUCAUUUCAGGGAAUCACCUACAUACUGACCACUGACAUGCCGGACCUUAAUGGCGCUGCUCUGUCCGGUCUGGUAGGCUACAUGGCCGUAGCAAUGGUUCUCUUUGUCUGUUCCCUGUUUGUCAACUAUAUACUACCUCCAGUACUGGCGGCCAUGCUACUAACUCUGGUAUUUGAGGCCGCAGGGUUAUAUUUUCUAUGGGCUAAACGGGUUGCUGCUGCAUUUGAACUUUUUAUUGUGUUCACGGCCAUAUAUGCUGUCGUUGUCAUGACAACCAAGGGCGUCAGCCUGAGAUACGUUUUACCGGGGUUUGGAAAUGCACCUAUUGACCCCCUCUUAAUCCGAACUUUUGCUAAGGGUAAGAAGAAGAACGAGACGAAAAAGAACACCAAGUACGCUGAGCCGAUGGGUUUGGGGUACAUCGCCAAUAUAGUGCCAGCUGCAGUGCUGUGUUUCCACAGCCUUGGGUACUUUACCGAUUUCCGGCCCGCCAUGGGGGCCUUCAUGUGCAGUAGUCUUUGUCAUAUUGUAUCCAGUUACUACGCCUUCCUGCGACGAGAUCACUUCCAUUCUGUACAAUUCAUCGUUUAUUUCAUCUUCUGGAUCAGUCGAGGAGUCGGGGCGUUUCUCGUGACCUUUGACCUCGGAGGCGACACGACCUCUGUGACAAACUACUACGGUUCCUGGGGUAUGGUACUGGUCCUUGUUGCCAUACUGGUAGUUUCGACCACGCAGAGUGUCGUUGUUUUCCUUUACAAUCUCCUUCUCACACUCAUCGCCAUUCUGUCCGUGGAGCAUAUCCCGGGGUCGGUUCGUAACUACACGUUUGGUGUGUCGUCUGCUAUUCUUGCACUUGUCAGCAUCUACAUCUCCAUCGCACAUCUUCUUAACUCACUGGCGGAAAAGUCCAUUGUCUAUGUAGGCCCAGAAAUCAUAGCUGCCGAGAAACUUCAAUGUGCCUUCGGAUGCUUUCGAAAGAAAACAGAUGAAACUGAAGGAUCCCCGACAGACUUAACUGAAGGAUCCCCCCCGAUCACGGGGGACAGUGACAAAGACUUGAACGUGGUGGACUCCUUAGCUUUCCUUGGUAACAUGGUGGCAGCUAUUGCUUUAUCUCCAGCCGAGGUCACGCAUGGGCAGAACGCCCUUCCCUGGCUUCUCGUGUCCGGGGUACUCAUUAACUUGUACUGCGCACGCCUAGCAUAUGCCGCCGGAAGUCUAGCUCGGGCGUUCAUGAUGGUGGUUUUAGCAAUGGUUUGGGGAACGUGGUCUCUGGUGUUUUUCGAAGGUAUCGAUGCAUCUCAGUUAAAAGGUGCUGCAAUUGGUGUAAUGUGCCUACACACCUGUGCCUUACUGAUGACGACCACAUUUUCCAGGGUGUGGAUGGUAUUUGGUGUAAGCGUGGAGUUAAACAUACUGGCCCUGGUCUUCCAAGUGUUUGCCGUCAACAGUCAGUACAUGGGUCUCGUCACGUCGCUAUUUGUAGGUAUUAUUGGACUGUAUGGCACUCUCUCGGGUAUCCUGAAAGGGGUCAUUGACAGUGACGCGCUACCGAAAGGCGAACCAGUCAUAAAGCCUAAAGCAGAGACGGAGGAGGAGAGGUUACCCUGUGAGAUGAUUCCCUCGCGAAAAGCUUCGGCCCUCUGGAGGGCAGCUCAACUCCUUGACGAAGGUCACGUGAUUGGCGUACCAACAGACACAGUGUACGCCCUGGCUUCAUCAUGCAAGGUCCCAAAGUCUGUCAGCGCCAUCUAUCACAUCAAAGGGAGGCCAGCAGAAAAACCUAUCUGUCUCUGUAUAUCUAACAUUGAACAGUUGAAAGCUGCAAAUCCUCCAUUCAGUGCUCUUCUAUGGAGGUUCAUGGACGUUUGCUAUCCCGGGGGUAUUACCUGUGUGGUACCUAAGGGGGAGUGGUUAGCGAGGCUGGGGGUAGGUGAUGCUGUUGAUUACAUAGGAACGAAGGAAAGUGUGGCCAUCCGAGUUCCCGACUCUUCUGUGCUAUCUUACCUCACAAGUAUUUCCGGUCCUGUGGCCCUGACCUCGGCCAAUCCAAGUGGGGAACCGGACAGUCUGCAUCAUGAUACGGUCAUAGACACACUAGGACACAAAUUGGCCGCGGUGGUAUGUGACGACGAAUCUAACGAAAUAGUGGCAUCAACAGUAGUUAAUUGUGCCAAGAUAGAUGAGGGUGUGAUUUCAUACUUUCGGAUAGGCUGUGUGCCGAAGGAGCGAGUGGACCAGUUAUUCGAACAAGUGAAAUCAGAAUUAAAUCGGGAGUCAACGAAAGUCAACAUGAAUCAACCAUCAUUUAACUCUUAAACAAGGGACGACAACUCGUCUCAAACAAGGGGCGACAACUUGUAUUAAACAAGGGACGACAACUAUCCGUGGGGCGACAACACUUCAUGUUGUCUUCUAAAACAAUACUUUUACAAGUAGAGUGGAUGUUAUGUAUGAGGUGAAUGCAGGUUGUUUGUGCUUGUUAUAGAUUAUUUAUUGUUUACGUUUUCAAUAAAAUUAUGUUUAAUUCGUUUAAGUUUUAGUUUUCUCUGAUGAAAAUAAAUCAAUACAGAGCACAACCUCCCGGUAAGGCAUUUGACCAGAGAAAGAUGUAUUUGCAUACAUCUAACUUUCGUUAUUGCACAUAUAGACAAGAUUUCAUAGCAUAACGUUCAACAUUUAGGACCCCAAUUUUCUAAUUUCAAUUUGGUAUUUUCUAUUGGAACAAAAAACAUAAGGACCAUUUCAACAUCAGCUCGAGUAUUCCUGAGUUAGAAAACAUAAAGACACGAGCACAGAUAGUUCGGAAGACAUCCUUACAUAAGAAGGAAAUCGUAUUUCGUGAUAUUUAAUACAGACUUGUAUACAGCAUAUCAGCUAUACAUGUAGAAUAUUAUUAAUACUGUUUCCUAUAAAACUGCAAACUUAAAUAUAAUUACUUGUACGUAAGUCAUCGAUGCGAUUCUCAUCAGUAUGACAUUUAAUUUCAUUGAUUCUUUAAUUAAUUAUUUGGAUUGAAGUAAAAGUGUUUUUCUUAACUCGAAGAAAUUAAAAGAUUAAGUCAUUGUUUUGUGAAACUGUGUAUACUAACGUGGAGUAUAAAUAUACAUAUAACACGGCACCUUGUCUAGUCCCUCUAGAAAGUGUAAUGUACGUUCAGUUGUAAUCACCCAAAGAGGCAUUACAAUGACUUGACCCUUGACCUUGUUAUUCGUGUUGUAAACGACAUGCUGUCCAUUUGUGACAAAUCUCUUAAAUGAAAUUUCGUAAAAACAUUUGAGAUGACCAUGACAAUCAUUGAUGUGUUUUGACCUCUCUUUGUGACCUUGACUUAUGGAGUGCUGGUCCGAGAGUUACAGCGACAAAUCUAUUCUAGUCAUGAUGCAUCCAUUUAGGAACUUUCGUUCUCAAACAUUGAUCCGUUGAAAAGUAAUUGUCAGGUGAAAAGUUUGGUUUAAACGGCUUGACUCGUGACCAAAUUCUGUUUAGACGGCUUGCCUCUGGACAAAAGUUUGGUUUAAACAGCUUGACUCGGGAAAGAAGUUUGAUUUAAACAGCUUGACUCAGGACAAAAGUUUGGUUUAGACGGCUUGACUCAGGACAGAAAUUUGGUUUAGACGGCUUGACUCAUGGCAGAAGUUUGGUUUAUAAACGGCUUGACUCAUGGCAGAAGUUUGGUUUAUAAACGGCUUAACUCAGGACAAAAGUUUGGUUGAUACGGCCUGACUCAGGACAAAAGUUUGAUUUAGACGGCUUGACUCAGGGCAAAAGUUUGAUUUAGACGGCUUGACUCAGGACAAGAGUUUGGUUGAUACGGCCUGACUCAGGACAGAAGUUUGAUUUAGACGGCCUGACUCAGGACAAGAGUUUGGUUGAUACGGCUUGACUCAGGACAGAAGUUUGAUUUAGACGGCCUGACUCAGGACAGAAGUUUGAUUUAGACGGCCUGACUCAGGACAAAAGUUUGAUUUAGACGGCUUGACUCAGGACAAGAGUUUGGUUGAUACGGCCUGACUCAGGACAGAAGUUUGAUUUAGACGGCCUGACUCAGGACAAAAGUUUGAUUUAGACGGCUUGACUCAGGGCAAAAGUUUGAUUUAGACGGCUUGACUCAGGACAAGAGUUUGGUUGAUACGGCCUGACUCAGGACAGAAGUUUGAUUUAGACGGCCUGACUCAGGACAGAAGUUUGAUUUAGACGGCUUGACUCAGGGCAAAAGUUUGAUUUAGACGGCUUGACUCAGGACAAGAGUUUGGUUGAUACGGCCUGACUCAGGACAGAAGUUUGAUUUAGACGGC